AUGGUAAGUGUGUGUGUGGUAGGGUGGUGGAAAGUGAGCAGCAGUGUGGGUGCUCGGCUGCUGACCAGGGCUGACACAGGACAGCAGCUCAUUGACUCUUCUCUCUUUGCCAUUUGUGUGCUUGGUAGUAAACGAGAUGUGGCUGCUACCAAUUUCUCCCUCCAUGAGGCCCACUGCUUGAGAUUUCUUGCUCUCUGCCCAGAGUGUGAUGAGCCAAUUGCCUAUAAGGAUAUGGCAGACCAUCAAGCAGAGGCACACAAGCAGGUCACAUGUCAGCUUUGUCACCAAAGUGUGCAGCAGUACCAGCUGGAGCAUCAUGAGACCAAGGAAUGCCUCAAACGAGCAGUGAGGUGCAGAAUCUGUGAGCUGGAGCUGCCCUUCGACAGGCUGGAGGAGCACCUGGACUCCUGUGCCAGCCGCACGGAGUGCUGCAGGGCCUGUAACAAGUACAUCAUGUACAGAGAGCACAGCAAGCACAGAGAGGCUUGUCCAAACACUGACCUCCCCUAUCAGGGGGAUGUGAACCUUCAAGCCAGGGGAGCAUCCACCAAGGCAACAUUUAUUGACUCCACUGGCACUGGUGGCAGUCUCUGUCAGAAGUGCAAUAAGGCAUUUCCAGAUGACCAGUACUCCCAGCACCUGGAUAAAUGCAGUGCAGCCCAGAAGCUGACAGAAGUUGCUGGGGACCAGGCAACUUCAAAACUCAGCAGUGAUCCACCAAAGCCUCCCUCUUCCUCCCCUAAGAAUGCAACGGUGUGGAAGGAUGUCCGUCCCAAAACGAAACAAAGGGACCAGCCAGUCGCCUGCAAAACCUUGCUUAAACCCCUAGAGAGCAAAGGGAUUGGCUUUCCCAUUCCCACAUCACCUCAAGCUCUUGAAGACAUCCAGUCUUUUGACAUGCUGAAGACCUGUGCCCAUUGCAACAUUCUUCUGCCACUUCCAACCCUUCAGAAACACGAGAUCAAAUGUCUACGUUUGACAUCCUUGAAAAUGCUAGGAUGAGCCAAACACCAAGCCCUGGAGAGAAAGGUAAUGCACAGGAUU